CUAAUCAAACGUUUCUGACUUGCUCAGAAACUUGGGUGCCGAGGAAAAUACUACGUGCUAUUGAAUAUUGGUGUUUUUCACUUACGAAUUGCGUGGAAUUUGUUGUUGAUUAUACCUAGUCGGCAAGUGGAACUAUUUUUCUGUUAUUAAUUUUAAAUUGUUCUAGUAUUAACUUGACGUACAAUAUGUCGCGGAAGAGAAAAAUUGUUCAAGAAGCUCCUUCCAGUUCCAUCCUAAAAUUUGAUGAAGAUUUGGACUUGCUUGGCAUUUUGGAUGAAGAUGAUGAUGAGGAAGAGGACAGGUUGCAGCAGAAGAGCUUCACAAAACUUGGCUUGCAUGGCUUGGAUGAUGGACCUGACACCUCUGACCCCUACUACUAUGAAGAUAAAGAUAAUCUACACAAAGAAGUUGCCUUCUACAAGAGCAGUAAAAAACAAACUAAAUCUAAAAAUUCUACUGAAAUUAAGACUACAAAGAAGAAAGAUAAGAAAGGAAAAUCAAAAUCUGUUCCUGACUCAGUGGAGGAAGACAAAAUUGAAGAUGCAAACAAAAGUGAUAAUGAUAAGAAAGACGAUGAUGUUGAUGAUAGUGAUGAUGAUGAACAUGCAUCAGAAUCAAGUGAUGAUGAAGAUAUUUUUUCUAGUGAUGGAUUAGAUGAUGAGAGUGAUAAUUCAGAUGAAGAUAGUGAUGAGAAAGACAGUGACGAUGAAGAUGAAGGAUAUGCAGAGAAGCCAUCUGAUGAUGGUGACAGUUCUGCUGUUGCUGAAGAAAUAAUCACGGAUGGUGUAAGAGCAAGCAAGCAGCUGCCGGAUGAGUAUGCGGAUAAUGAUUCAUCAGAUGAAGAAGAGAUCAUGAACACUAUUGGCAACGUUCCCACUGAGUGGUAUGAUGAGUGUGAUCACAUUGGGUUUGAUCACACUGGGCAGAAGAUCUACAAGCCUGACAGAGGUGAUGGCCUUGAUGCUUUCCUCAGAAGAAUUGAAGACCCAAACUACAUGCGUACGGUUGUGGAUCGGCUGACUGGCCAAGACGUGGUGCUGGUGGAUGAUGACCUGGAACUUAUCCAGCGGCUGGUGAAGGCGCAGGUCCCCAGCGCUCAGUACAAUCUUUACGAGCCUUUCAUGGACCUCUACUCACACGAGGUCAUGGAGACGCCGCUGUCUGGCAGACCUGAGCACAAGAGAAGCUUCCUGCCCUCCAGGAGUGAGCGUGAGAAAAUCUCGCGGAUGGUCCACAACAUCAAGCAGAAUUUGAUCCACAAGCACCAGCGGCCUAAGCGGUACCAGGCCUACGACCUGUGGAAGAGCGACCACAUCCCUGUGCCCAUGAGAAGACGCCUCAACCCCAAGUACAAGGCCCCGCCCUGCAAGCUACCAACGAACAGUAACUCGUACAACCCACCUCCGGAGUUCCUGCCCACCAAGUUCCAGCUCGACUGGAUCAAAAGCAAACAUGUGCGCCAGCGCGCCGAGAUCUGGGCCAGACUGCCUAAGAAGUACAACUCCCUGCGCCUUGUGCCCAACCACAGGACCUAUGUCAUGGACGUGUUCAACAGAUGUCUGGACCUCUACAUGUCAUCUAGGUUCGCGUACAAGAAAAUUAUUGGCACUUCAAAGGACCUGUUGCCGGACCUGCCUCGCCCCCGAGAUCUGCGCCCGUUCCCCACCCGCGAGGCCCUGCAGUUCUUGGGCCACAAGUCGGUGGUGCGCGCGCUGGCUGUGCAUCCUCUGGGCAAGAUACUCGCCACGGGAUCUGAUGACCACACCGUCAAAAUCUGGGAAAUAUCGAGCGGACGCUGCAUCCGCACCCUGGACGUCGGUGAUGCCGUCACGUGCCUGCAGUGGAACCCCAACAGCCGCGUGCUGGUGCUGGCGGUGUGCGUGGGCAGCUGCGUGGUGAUGAUCAACCCUGAGAGCUACCUCACCGAGGCUGCUGUCGUCACCAGGACCAACGCUCUCUUCAUGGUGCCGCCAGAGCAGGGCGACUAUGAAGUGAACAAGAAGGUGCAGCGCGCUGUGACGUGGGCAACUCCCUCCAGCGACGAGCGCCAGAUGGGCUACAGGGUCGUUCUCAAGCACCUCUGCCCCGUGCAGCAGAUUGUGUGGCACCCACAAGGCGAUUACUUCGCGACCUUACAGCGAGAGGCCAAGUCUUCAUCGGUGAUCAUCCAUCAGCUGUCCCGCCACCGAUCCCAAAUCCCGUUCUCUAAAUCUGCCAUCAAAGUCACGGCCAUGUCCUUCCACCCCAAGAAGGCCUAUUUUUAUAUUUGCUGCCAAGGUAGAGUGCGGGUGUAUUCACUCCUGCAGAAGAAGCUCAUUCGCCUCAUCCGGACGUCAUCCUCGUCUGAAUGGAUAUCAUCCAUUGCAGUGCAUCCUUCCGGUGAACACUUCAUCAUCGGGUCCCAUGGCAAACGCCUCACAUGGUACGAGAUGGAAGCCACCAACAGGCCCUACACGCUGCGGUACCAUCACGGCGCCGUCAGGAGCGUCGCGUACCACAACAAAUAUCCCCUCAUGGCGUCUGCUGCUGACGACGGCAGGGUCAUCGUCGCGCACGCCAUGGUCUAUAACGACUGGAUCAAGGACCCGUUAAUCGUACCCGUGAAGGAGCUCCGCAGCCACGCCUUCCUAGAUGGGGUGUGCGUGCUGCAGCUGUGCUGGCAUCCCUGCAACCCCGUGCUGUUCACGGCUGGUGCUGACGGAACCGUCAGGCUCUGGCAGUAAUGCUGAUCGUGUCAACUUGUUGAAGAAUAACGCCCCAAUAAUGUCGUAGGAAAUUUCAAAAGAGUAGACGAGAAUGUUUGUAUGAACGUAAA